AAUCUCUCUCUCUCUCUCUCUAUGUCCGUCUCUGUCUGUCCCUGUCUCUCACUUCCCAAAGAAACCAAUCUCUCCCUCUCUCUAGGAAGUUCGUAGAGUAUAAUCCUCUCUCUUCAUAUAGAAAUGAGCGAGUGAGGUGAUAUUAUGAGAGCUCUCUCUCUCUCUCUCUUUCUCUCUCUCCCUUUGUUUCUCUUCCCCCUUCCGGUUUUCGCCAAACAAAAGCGAACCCAAUUGCUAAACAGAGCAAUCCAACGAACCCAUUUCAUGGAACAACAAAAAUCCUUCAUUUCCAUCCUCUGAUCGAUCUCCUUCUCGUCUCACCUAGAUAAAUUACUUCAUGCAAAAUCAGAUCCUCACCAUCUCUGACCAUACUCCCAUCUUCUUCCUCUUCCUCAUCUUCUUCGACUUUGGCGACGAAGACAAUGUUCUUCAGAGAACAUGAUGAUCAGCGUCGUUUUCUUUUCCUCUCGUCGGCAUUGUUUGGGGCAGAUAAAGCCAUGGAGAAAAAACCUCUGCUCUCCCGGGCUUCCAGCUAUACCAUUACCAAUGACAACCACAAUAACAUGAACUUGCAAGAGCAGAGGAGGCGGAGGGUCAAUAGCGACAUGUGUCUUUCCUCUCUUCCGCCUCUCCCUUCCCGUCAAUAUUCGUUGAGCCGGGACGUUGGACACGCUGCUGCUGAGACGUACCUGCUUACUCGCCUUAGUUUCAAGCUCUUACGCUACCUGGGGGUAGGUUACAGGUGGAUCAUAAAAUUUCUUGCCCUUGGAUUUUAUGCUAUGCUACUUUUCCCAGGUUUUGUCAGAGUUGGAUAUUACUAUUUCUUUUCAAGUCAGGUCCGUCGAAGUAUAGUUUAUGGGGAUCAACCAAGAAAUAGGCUUGAUCUGUAUUUACCCAUAAAUAGUAAUGGGCCAAAGCCAGUUGUGGCAUUUGUAACUGGUGGAGCCUGGAUUAUUGGGUACAAAGCAUGGGGUUCCCUUUUAGGACAACAGUUGGCAGAAAGAGACAUCAUUGUGGCAUGCAUAGAUUACAGAAAUUUCCCUCAGGGAACUAUCAGUGAUAUGGUGGAAGAUGCAUCUCAAGGAAUAUCUUUUGUCUGCAACAAUAUUGCUGAAUAUGGAGGUGAUCCUAACAGGAUCUAUUUAAUGGGACAAUCAGCUGGUGCACAUAUUGCUGCUUGUGUACUCUUGGAUCAGGCCAUCAAAGAAUCUGGGAAAGAAGAAAGUGUUUCUUGGAGUGUUUCCCAGAUUAAAGCUUAUUUUGGUAUAUCUGGAGGGUACAAUUUAAUUAACUUGGUGGACCACUUUCAUAGACGAGGUCUGUACCGUUCCAUCUUUCUCAGUAUAAUGGAAGGAGAGGAACAUCUACGAAGAGCUUCCCCUGAAGUAAUGGUACAGGACGUAAGCAAUAGAAAUGCAGUUUCUCUCUUGCCUCCUAUUAUCCUGUUCCAUGGAACUGCAGAUUAUUCCAUACCGUCGGAUGCCAGUAAGUCGUUUGCAAAGACCCUCCAGAGAGUUGGAGCUCAAGCUGAACUAAUACUAUAUAAGGGAAAAACUCACACAGAUUUGUUUAUUCAGGAUCCUAUGAGAGGUGGUCGGGAUGAGCUCCUUGAGGAUAUAGUUGCUGUCGUCCAUGCUGGUGAUGAAGAGGCCCUAGCCAAAGAUGCGAUUGCACCUCCUGGGAAACGUCUUGUUCCAGAAUUUAUGUUGGAUUUGGCUGGGAAAAUCAGCCCCUUCUAAGCAUCUCAGCUUUGGAUGAAUGACCCAAAGGCUCUUACAUGUGUUAGUAUGUUCACUCGCUCCAUCUUUGUAAAAAUAUAGCUAUAUUAGGCAUUCCAUAGAUAUCUUAUGUUGUGUGUUGCCUCCCUGCCCCAUUGGAGGAAAAUAUUGAAUAUAUCAUCACAAAGAUUGAUCUUCUCUCUGUCAUUCUCAAAGAGCUUAAUAAUUAGCAUAACCUUUCAAAUGGAUCA